GUACACGAUUAUUGUCAAUUUGAAUGCAACUAAUGCGUUUGAAUGGCGCGGCCGCAGGAAGGAGACCCGAUGUCAUCGAAGAUUUUGCCGUUCAGUUGGUCACACCUCUAAAACUCGACUACUGAUAAUCGCGAUUAUAUCGCCCGGCGCCCGCGGCUUCCCUCUUCCAUUAAUCGUUAUCUGAUAAGUGAAAUAUCAAAUAUGAUAAUGUAAUAUUCGAUAUUGUAUUAUUUGUAUUCCAAUUUCUAAUAUUCCUCAAAUCUUGUCUCCUGAUUUCGUAGGUUCGUACAUUUGUUCGAAGUUUUGUGUGAUUUUCUCGUCCCAUUCUGUCGACAAAAAGUCGCACGGCGAAUCAAAGGAAGACUUGAAAAUGUCGGGUAGCGAGAGUACGACCGGUGGUGUGUUUCUGGUCUCUGUCGUCGGUCAGAUCGAGAAAGCUCACUUUCCGAACUAUGACAACAUGUACUGCAAGUACACUUUCGUCUAUGGACCCGAUUGGGAAAUCGUUACCGGUAUUGAAGAAGGCAUAUCGCAAAUCGCGCAAAAGAGCCAAGACGAAAGGCAACAGGUCGUAUGGAAUUUCCCGUUAGACGUUUCUUUCAAGAGUACCAAUCCUCACGGGUGGCCACAACUAAUCAUCAGUGUUUAUGGAUUGGACACUUUUGGGAACGAUGUUGUGAGAGGCUAUGGAGUAUGUCACCUCCCAGUUGUCAAUGGACAAUCUUCUGAAGAGAUGAUUAUGUUUGUACCGGAAUCAAGUUCAACAUUACAAAAAUUGACAUCAUGGUUGACUGGUAAAAGACCAGAAUACGUGGACGCACGGUUAUUAGCCAGAGGCGAUGGCAGAGAAGUGACUAGAGUCAGAAGUCAAGGAUGUGUUUGGAUAACAUUUAAUGUUGUGUUCAAAGACUUUCAUCAGUACGGCUUUGAAAACGAUAAUAACUGUUAAAUAUUAUUAUUAUAUUUUUUUUUUUUUACUUAACUUACACCACAUUGUUUUUUUUGUUUUAAUUACUUACUAAUUUAGUAUAUUAAGUUAGUAUAAGUUAUGCAUCUUAUAUAUAUUGUAUAUGUUUUUAUACUGUUAUCUAUGUACUUCCUGUCUGUUUUUUGUAAAAGCCGUCUGGCGUUGAUUAUAAUAAAUAAUAAUAAAUAAAUA